GCAUUCGACAGCUUGUGUCACACGUGCCAGCAGCAGGCCCAACGCAGCCAGCCGCUUCAGGAGGCGUUCAUUUGCCGUGACCGUGCCUGGGGUGUCCAGCAGCACUACGAGACGAAGUUGAAGCGCCUGAACGACAACCUUUACCGUGCCGGGCCCGACGGCAACGAUCGCCUGGAGAGAAAUCGCGGAAAGCUGCUCCGCGCCAGGGCGGAAGUCGAUCGGCUGACCGGCGAGGUCGAUGAG